CAACCAUCCUCAGCUCGCAGAUGAAUUUCCAAGAGAAAACUUUACUUUGAAUUGUCCUUUGCCCAGCAAUGUGAAAGGUUUCCAUAUGAAACUGUUUAAGGGGCAGAGCAAUCAAGAAGUCUGUUCUCUUUAUAUAGACAAUGGAAAAAACAAUUCUAAAAGAACAAAUGAAUUCUGUGAACCAGUCCAUUCAAAUGAGACUGUAUCAUUCACUCUCAGAAAUUUAAAAAGCAAGGAUAGUGAUACUUACGUCUGCUGCCUACAAGGUCUUACUCCAACCUAUCGUUGUUGCAAAGUGAAUGAAAAACAUCUCUAUAUUCAAGAUUCAGAAGAGUCGUGCUGGUUAUCGGAACUUACAUCAUGGAUCCUUAUCGGGCUCACUGUUUUUUUCUUUGUUGCCUGCAUCUUUUCUUCAAUAAGCUGCUGUUUCAGAAGUGCGGUCUGCCAACGUGCCAGCACUCAUGACAACAGCACUGAAUACAUGUCCAUGGCAGCAGUGAAACCUAGAUAAAAAUGCAGCAUCCCGAAAUAAUACGUAAG